AAAAUGUACAUGCUUACAGUCUCAGUACAAAAAUUAACCAAGUGGGCAUCUGCAGUUUCUUGAUGGAGAGGUUCUCCAUUGAACCUCCAACAAUCUUUUGGAUCUCUCCUGCAUACAUACACUUAUGUGCUUGGCAGUGUCCAUUUGCAAGAAUCCCUGAACUCAACAAAAUAAUCUCCUACCUUUCGAAAGGCCUCAGAUUAACCGCAGUAAUGAAAUUUCCUUUUGCGUGUUUAAUCUUGUGGGGAUCAAGAUAUUGCAAAGCUACGUCACAAUGUGACACAGGCAUCUUUCUAGCGGAAAUCGUAUAAAAUAAAAAGCUUUGGUUUCGAGGAGGAUGUUCUGGGGAGGUGCUGAGGAGUGAGCACUGUGCAUAGCCACAGAGUGAGGUCCUUUGAGAAAGCGAAUGUUCAAUAAUUAGGCUUACUGAAGCAGUGAAGCCAAAGCCAUGUCAAGUUCACUAGCAUCAGUAGCCGCAGUUUCUGCCGGGGCACUUGCAUUGGUGGCUGUACUAGUUGGACUCGUUUGGUUUUGCAUGUCAAAGCUGAAUUCUUCAGCUAACAGGAAUUCCGAGACGGGUUCUUCUGAUCCAUCUGCAUUGGUUGACUGGAAUAGGGGAGGUGGGUCUAGUUCAGGAGCAGCUCCGCCGCUAUCCGGGCCCCAGGGAGCAAGACAGUUUACAAUGCAAGAGUUGGAGCUAGCUACCAGGCAGUUCGAUGAGAGCAAUCUCAUUGGACAUGGAAGUUUCGGUUUGGUCUAUAAAGGUUUACUUCGUGAUGGAACGGUUGUCGCCAUCAAAAGGCGCACAGGUGUGCUUCAACCAGAAUUUGUCACUGAGGUAUCAUAUUUGUCAGAGAUUCGCCAUCGUAAUUUAGUCACUCUCUUGGGCUACUGCCUUGAAAAUGGGUGUCAGAUGUUAGUCUUCGAAUACCUACCAAAUGGCAGCAUGUGCAACCAUCUUUAUGACACAGGACAAGAAUCUUCGACUAAGCUAGAGUUCAAGCAGAGGAUCUCCAUUGCUCUUGGGGCUGCUAAAGGCUUAUGCCAUUUGUAUAGCCUUAGACCUCCAUUGGUGCACAAGAACUUCAAAACGGCUAAUGUCUUGGUUGAUGAGAAUUUCAUAGCUAAAGUCGCAGAUGCAGGGCUCAUGAAACUUCUUGAAAAGAAAAAGAUAGAAGCAGGUCCAUCUCGCGCAUCUGUCAGUGUUUUCCAAGAUCCAGAGGCAGGAGAAUUGGGUGGUUUCUCUGAGAUGAGCGAUGCAUAUAGCUUCGGAGUAUUUCUUUUGGAGCUUGUUACCGGAGAAGCAGCUCCGAAUAUGAUAUUGUCAGGGCAUGAAAGCUUAAUCCAGUGGGUGGAGUCCCAUGAAAGUUUGAUAAACCUUGUGGACCCUCGGCUAGUCGGAACUUUCACAAUGGACGGAAUAAGGGACUUGAUGAGGUUAACAUUGUUGUGCAUGAUUUCCCCUCGCGAAAGGCGACCGAAGAUGGACGCGAUUGCGUGGGAGCUCGAGAGGAUUCGGGAGAAAGAGAUGGCUUUGACGACAGUCAUGGGCGAAGGAACUGCCACAAUUACUCCGGGCAGCGAGUUGUUUACGUCUUAAUCAUCCAGGGUUGUUAAAAUUUGUGCUAUAGGGGUCCAUUAAGUGAGAGCAAAGCUGUAAACUUGAUGGACCUGGCUAUUAGAAGCUAUAGGCGGGGAGUGAGCAAUUACAGUGCGUGGCUGUGCGUGUGGAUCUGUGGGAUAUUGCAGCCAAACUAAACGUCAUGAAUUGAUUGUAUUUGAUGAUCUGAAAUAAUAGUUUCCAGAAGGAAGAUUGAUCUAAAGCACACCGAGAUCCCGUGACUUUCUAGGAUGCACAGCAACUACGAAGGCUUCUUCUUGUAUGCCCUUCAUUUUCUUCCAAGAGUCUUAACAAACCAUAAGAUUAGAUUUAAACUCUCUACUUUAGUUUAACGAGGAAGAAAUAAAAAAGCAUCAUUCUGCUGCAGACCUGAACUUUUUUUUUCCUUACCUGCAUUAAGUCAAAUAACCAUGACGAUUUUAGAAUAUCAAUUGAGCCAAAGACAUACUUCUGCGCAUUCAAACAAGCAUCAGCUCUCAUGACAUUCCCACGUUGAGAUCUACAUCAACCCAAACACUCGUGGAGCCACAAGGGAAAAGAGUGCAAAAGCUGGCCGAAAGUGUUGUGUCCUUGGAAAAUGCUGAGCGAUCAGAAACAGGAAAAAGAUCAGCAGAAA